AUGCGUCAUCACAAAAACAAACCAGAGAUGAAGUUCGUCAAGUCUCUAGGAAAAGGCACGUACGGCUCCGUAGAUCUCUUCAGUUACACGAAACAAGACGGCACAAUGUUCUACAACGCCGUGAAGAUCUCUGAUCAUUCUCAAGACGACAACUCUAUCAAAAGAGAGUUUAGAGUUCUCAAGAAACUCAGAGGAUGUCAAGGAAUCGUGCAGUCUUUUGGUAACUCUCUGAUUCAAGAAACCGAUUCUAAUGGAAAGAAAGUCUACAAGAUGGCCAUCGAGUACGCAGCUGGUGGUAACCUAACAGAGUUCAUCCGCGUAAACCGAAAGCUAUCGGAUACGAUCGUUAAAGACUUCACUCGUAUGCUUCUCCAAGGGUUGGUUUCGGUUCAUGGACGCGGUUAUGUACAUUGCGAUCUUAAACCGGAGAAUCUCCUUCUCUUCCCGCGUCAAGAUCAAGAAACUAGGUUAUGUUCGCACGAGUUAAAGAUUUCGGAUUUUGGAUUGACGAUAAAGGCAGGAGAGGAGUCUGUUUGUUGGGAAACUGAAGCACCGUUCGUCGGAACGCCGUUAUACAUGUCGCCGGAGUCAGUUCGGGACGGAACCACCGUGGAGAAAACCCUAGAUUUGUGGUCGUUAGGUUGUGUGGUGUUGGAGAUGUUUUUAGGUAAGCAUCCAUGGUUGGGGGCUGGUGUUGAUGAUAUAAAGUCUCGUUUGUUGUGUGGGAAGGCGCCGGAGAUUCCAGAGAGUGUGCCUUGUGAUGCAAGGAAGUUUGUGGAGAAGUGUUUCGCAAGAAAGGCUGAAGAGAGAGGAAGUGCUUCUGAGUUGUUGUUGCAUCCGUUUUUGAAAGGAGAGGGGAAGGUGGAUGGUGACGGUGGCGGCGGCGGAGAGAGGAGGCGGGUGGGGUUGAGGGUUAGGAAACCACCGUCGAGGUUUGAAGAUAUUGCAAAGAAGUCACUGGAGUUGAAGGUUAUCUCAUCCAAGUCCUCGAAGUUUAAGAGAGUUUUGAAGAAACCCCUAAAGGUGAAGAUUCUGCCUCCUAGACCCCACAAGAUCUGA